AUGGAUCGUAGCAAUCAAAUCGUUCAGCAUGGUGUUCCAGUAUCUAGUCUCGACGCCGCUCACGCGAACGAAUAUUUCGAACAGUUCGUCAAUGCAUCCAGUGUGAAAAACAUCCUUGGAUAUUAUCGAGGUUUAAUCGACAGCCUUCAUCUUAGGCCGAACGUCUUCAAUUUGUUUUAUCCGAAACUAAGAGCCAACUUGACUUCAUGGCGAGCCAAAGCUCUCCUCAAGAAGUUCGAUGCGAGGGCGUCACACAAAUGCUACCAGAAAGGGAAGGCGGCAGCGAAUACGAGAGUUCUUGUGAUAGGAGGAGGUCCUUGCGGUAUGAGGACAGCUAUAGAGGCGCAGUUGUUAGGAGCUAAAGUGGUUGUUGUUGAGAAGAGGGAUAGAUAUUCUAGAAAUAACGUUUUACAUUUAUGGCCUUUUGUGAUAGAAGAUUUGAGGAUGCUGGGCGCAAAGAAGUUUUUUGGUAAAUUUUGCGCCGGCGCCAUCGAUCACAUCAGUAUCAGGCAGUUGCAAUGUAUCUUAUUGAAGGUAGCUCUUCUUCUUGGAGUUGAAGUUCACACAGAAGUCAGUUUCGAAACUCUUAUAGAGCCCGAUGCUAAUGAAAAGAUUGGUUGGAGAGCUCAGUUCAAACCUGCCAACCAUCCGGUCUCGCAAUACGAGUUCGAUGUUAUAAUAGGUGCCGACGGUAAACGCAAUACUUUACAAGGAUUCAGCCGUAAGGAAUUUAGGGGAAAGCUUGCAAUAGCGAUAACGGCCAAUUUUAUCAAUAAGAAAACCGAAGCCGAAGCUCGCGUAGAAGAAAUUAGCGGCGUAGCUUUUAUAUUUAACCAAAAGUUUUUUAAGGAUUUGCAAGAAGCCACAAGAAUUGACUUAGAGAACAUAGUUUAUUAUAAAGACGAUACUCAUUAUUCGUUAUGACAGCGAAGAAGCAUAGUUUAAUCGAGAAAGGAGUCAUAAAACAAGAUUUUGCCGAUACCGAAAAGUUAUUAGCUCCCGAAAACGUAGACAAAGAAGCCCUACAGCAAUACGCAAUAGAAGCUGCCACUUUUAGUACUAAUUAUCAGAUGCCCAAUUUAGAAUUUGCAGUUAAUCAUUACGGUCAACCGGAUAUAGCCAUGUUCGAUUUUACGUCAAUGUAUGCCGCCGAAAACGCUUCAAAAGUGGUGGAGAGAAACGGUUAUCGUUUACUAAAGAUAUUAGUUGGAGAUAGUUUACUUGAGCCGUUUUGGCCCACCGGUUCAGGUUGCGCCCGAGGAUUUUUAUCUUCUUUGGACGCAGCGUGGGCCAUUAGAAGUUGGUCCUUGGGCACUGCGUCACCCCUAGAAGUAUUGGCCGAACGUGAAUCGAUAUACAGAUUGCUAGCGCAAACUACUCCGGACAAUUUGAACAAAGACUGGAAAUCUUACACUCUAGAUCCAGCCACUAGAUACCCUAAUUUCAACAAGGCCGUUGUCUUGUCACAUCAAGUGGUCGCUCUCUUUGACACCGACAAUCCUGCUAGCAUCGAGAGAAUGAAACGUACCUCUAACGAAAAGGUUCACGAUAUACCAAAGAAGAGAAGAAGAGGUAAUCUGGAUAACGAAGUGUUGCUCAACUGGUUAACAGAACAAUUGAAAGAAGUGGAUGGCAUAGAAAUCACCGACAUGGGCUCCGUCUUCAAAGACGGAAAAGUUUUAUGUGCAAUAAUACAUCACUACAGACCAGAUCUGUUAGAAUAUAGUGCAAUUAUUCAUAAUGAUGCGGCGAAAAACAAUCAGAUUGCUAUUAAUGUCCUUGAAAAGGAUUUAGGUAUACCUCCUGUGAUGACCGGAAGCGAAUUGACAAUGACCGAAGAUUUCUUAUCAAUGGCUAGUUAUUUGACAGAAAUCUACGACUGCUUCAGAGGGGAAAUCCCCCAUGUGAAACAUCCCAAAUUGGAUUUACCUGUUGCAAAUACAAAAAUGAGCGAAAUUUCCUUCAAAACAAUUAAAACGUCCAAUAUACCACCGACAAUUACGCAACCAAACAGACCCUCGAGUAGGCAUAAACACAAACACACGGAUAUGGUCACUCAGAAAGUGGGCAGCGUUGACAGGAAACCAAGAAAAAGAAGAACGAUGGAGAAAGUCGGAGCGAGUGUGGAUCAAGAGAACCGCCCUAGUCAAUUCAAUCGAGGAAUGGGAAAAGACGAAGACAUAGCAGCUAAAAUAAAGAGUUUGGAAAGUAAGUUUGGGCACAGACAAUCAGUAGACAAAAAGCCUAAAGACUUACUUAGGGCGAUAGGCAAAAUCGAAACCUCGGAUUGGAAUAUUAAAGAAAUAGAAAAGAAGAUUCUGGAAAAUAAGUUGGGAAAACCGUCCAGGGCUGUCGAUAAGGAAAAAGUUCCAAAAUGGAGUAAAGAACAGUUUUUGGCUAGACAGAACAAGAUGGAACAAAAACAUUUGGAGAGGCAAACGAGUGAGGAGGUUAAAUUUGCUGAAAUCGAUCAAAGCAUUAAAAACUUGGAUCAAAAAUUAAAAGAAGGUACGGCAAGAGAAUUAGGACAAAACAAAGUGGCGUCUAUCACGGAAAAAUUAGUCGGUAAAAUUCCUGCUGAACAGAAACCUCCAGAAAAAACGAAUCGUCAGCCAGCUUUACCAACGCCCAAUAAUUCCGAAUUUUGUCACUUCUGCAAGAAGCGUGUCUAUCUUAUGGAACGGUUGUCUGCAGAAGGAAGGUUCUUCCAUCAUGGGUGCUUUAAAUGUCAGUAUUGCAAUGUUCAGUUACGGCUUGGAUCGUAUACAUUCGAUCGAGAUGGUUUGUACGGAUAUAGAUUCUUCUGUUUACAACACUUCGGAAUGGUAAGAGAAGAAUCACCAGCCAAAGUAACGAGAGCACCUUCAACGAAGCGGGUUGAUAGAACCAGUCCAGAUAAGAAAUCUUUGGGCAUCGCUGGAGUUGACUUACUCGAUAAAGUGCAAACACCAGAACGAAUUGAAUUUUCUAACCUAUCUUCUGGCCAUGUUUCAUCAGAUCAAGAAGAUUCUCUUAAUCAAAUUGAUGAAGAUGAAUGGACUGAUAAAAAUUUCGGUGCUUCUUGUGCGGAAAUGGAAGAUAGUGAUGAAGCUUCCUCUAGUUUCAGUGACCCUGACAGUGAUGAUGAAGGUGCCUACGAUGAUGCUUUAGAAGAACCUGUUACAAAAGAAGGUACUUUGAAAUGGGCUGAACGAUGGAAGAAUAGUUAUUCGAGGAAAAAACGGAAUUCGCAUUCGGACGAAUACAGCAGUAGUGAUCAGUCGAGUUAUUAUGAUAGUUCAGACGGUGAAGAAUCAGAUACGGCCACGGAGGGAGAAGAAGAUAUUAGAGCCCGUGAACUUCGGAAACGAGAAGUUUGUGUCGAACCGCCCAUUGUCCAUACAGACACCGGCACCGAUACCGAGGUGAAAUCAAGUUUAAACUUAUAUGUAAACAUCCCCGAUGUAGUUUCCAAUCGCGAUAUAUUUAACUUAAAUAGGUCCUCGGACAAUAUUUCCGUAAAUUCGGGCGAAUAUAACAGCGCAGAUUCGGGCGAUUUCGAUCUUAACAUGAACAAAAUUGACGAAAGUAACGUAGUGGUAGGAAAAUUGCAAAUCACAAAACCCAGUAACGCAUCGGGCUCUUCUGAUAGCCCUGACACGUCGGUUAUACCGAAGAAAGUAAUCAGAAACUUUAUAGUUCCUUUGAAAGACAGAAAGACGUAUGGUCCGGAAUUUGUGCCCAAAUUCCAAGAUCAAGAGUCGGAGCCUUUGUUGGUCAUUAAGAGAACUCCAAGCAAAAUAUCAAUACCCAAAGAAAUGGUUAAACCUAAAGUGGCAGUAAACACUGCUUUACUUGACAAAGAAAAAUAUUUUGGAGCUAGCAAUAAAAAAUUGCCACCCAGGAAAACCAUACAGAGGUCGGAUACUGUUGCAAAACCCGAUGAUCUAAAAAAACCUUUCCUUAGAAAACCAAAUAUUCUUAAUAAACCUUUAAUAAAGCAACAUAGCUUACCAGAAACCUCGACAGAGUUAGAAAGUAUUAAAAACUUCAAUUUUGAACCUGCGGAUGAAGACCUCAAUAAUAUCGAUGAUUAUAUCGAAAAUCUUUUAGCAAACGAGGACGAAUUGAAGAAACCAAUAGAUCCAAAUAAAUUUAAAAUCGAUGUGGAGCCGGAACAGUUAGAUAGCGAGGAAGAAAAAGUAUCUAGCAGUAUAGAAGAUCUACUUAAAGAUCUGGAGUUAGAAAGUAAUGUGAAUAUAGAAGAAUCUUUCGAAGCGGAGCCCGUAGAUAAGAUAGAUGAUCUUUUAAACUGGAUGGAUGGUUUAGAUCAUGAUACUCCUGAGCGUAAAGUAUGUAGAUCAGCCAGUGAUGUUAAAUAUAGUAAUUUAGAAAAGUUCUUGAAAACUCCUCAUAUAUCACAAAACAUCGUUAGUAAAAUACCCAAAAAUAAUAUAUCAUUCUUCGAGGAUCAGGUAUUGGGGAAAGUACCACGACAAAACACUGUAGAUAAUGAAUACAUGGAUAAUAAGCCCUUAUACGGCUUGAAAAGGUCCAGAACAGAAAUUCGUUUUAAAAAACCUACUGUAGUAGCUCGAUCGUCAGUCGAUUUGGAUGCUGUUGAGAAGGUAAAUAUCAGGAGAAUCCUGCAAAAAUUUGAGACCAGUCCGGAAAAAAGUGUCACUAAACCAGUUACUGAAAACACUGAUAAAUACCCAAAAGAUUAUAAUCUUUUACAUGCAAACCCCUUUAAGCCAAAGCCUAAGUGUGUUAAAAGCACCAUAAAUAAAUUUGAAACCAAAGAAGUUAACAUUAAAAAACCCAUAAAUAAAUUUGAAACCAAAGAAUUUAGUAUUAAGAAACCUAAACCUUCCAUUAAAACGCCGAUCAAAAAACAAGAAUCGAUAUCAACUUGUUUUGAUGAUUUAGAAAAAUUUGUCCAGGACACUCUCCUAAGUAUUGGAGACAGAUAUGAGUCUGCAUCCCAAAAGAAUGAACCUAAUCAACAUAACGAUAAUGAUUGGAAGGCGAAUAUAUCUGUGUCUUCGAUAGUCUAUCCACAAUCACCUGAAAUGGAUUUGAAGGAGAACCAAGUUUAUCCUGAAACAUCAAACUCACAUUCACAGCCUUUAGAAGCUGAUGCAUCUUUCACAAGUACUCUGGAAUACCGUUUACAACCAAUUCAAGGUGAUACCGAUGCAAAGACACCUUCGCAGACUAUGGAAGUCGAUGCAUCCGUCACAAAUAAUGUGGAAUGUCGUUUAAAACCAACUCAAGAUGAAACGGAUACAAAAACACAUUCACAAACUUUGGAAGAGGAUGCAUCUUUUACAAGUGCUCUGGAAUGUCGUUUACAACAAUUUCAAGAUGAUAAAAAUGUAGAUCUCAUAACUAAUACAGAAUCUUUAGCACCAAUCAAUGAUAAUUUUAAUAUAUGUGAUACGGAUGUGGCUGUAAAUAAUGAAAAUAUUUGUGAAACGACAGAUCAUCCAAUGGAUAUUUUAGAAAAAUCCUUAGAAGAUCUCAGUACAAAUUUUAGUAAUAAUAGGAUCGAUCCAGAAAGUACGGAAGAUCUAGAGAACGAAGUACCUCAAGCAAAUAGUUAUGAAGAUGAUUCUCUUUCGUUGUCUAUUAACGAAUUUGCUCCCCUUACAUUUGCUAAAGCUAUAGAGUCCACAGAUACAUCUCUGUUGGAUGAUUGUAUCUCCACUAGUACCAAAGAUUGCGAAGAAGUACCUGAUAGAAAUGUUGAUAUAGAAAGUUUGUACGCUACUGUAAAUAAAAAUAAAAAAGUAGAGGAUGUAGAAGAAGAAGAGUUGAUUCCUCCACAAAAGCCAAUGAGGCAAAAACCCAGAAGAGAAGAGAAUCUAAAUGUCGCACCACUAGCGCCUCGUAGAAGAAAAAGUCGGUAAAUUCGCCACAACCUUCUAGGAAAAACUACAACGACGCGUUUGAAAAAGAGGAUGUUAAGAAGGAAGUAGUAUCAACAUACUCACUUCCUUCCGUUCAAAAAGUUAACCUCACGAACAUUUCUCCGUCGGGGUCACCGGAUUCUAGUUUGUCAAGUUCGUCAAAAAGCUACGGCAAGUCUAAAAAUAAAGACUCUGACAGUGACAACUGUUGCAUACAAUAAGAACAUUUUUUUUUAAAUAAUAUUUGUAGUAUUUGUACGGGUAGAAAUAUUCUGCGUUUGAAUCGGAGUGAAGAUCCACGUGUGUUGUUGCUUGCUUUGAAAUUUUAAUACUUGUUUUUAAGCUUCAGUUUAGUUAUAAAAUGCAUUCGUCCACUGUUACUUCGUGCAGAAAUUUAUAGUUUUGAUGAUGAUUUGGUGUCAUUGGUCAACAAUCACGUUAAAGCAAUGGUAAAUAAGAUUGUAACAGACGAGAGUAGCUCCGAAUCGUCGAGCGAGAUUCAAAAUUCUGCAACGGAAAUUUCCACAGACUCUGAAUUCGCCCAAGAUGAUCCCACCCCUACUAGAGAAAUUCCGUCGAUAGUUUUGAACGAUAUGUACGUUAAUAAAGCUAAAAGAUCUGGCUACAACCCCCGCAGGAAAAUCCAGGUGACGAGUCGUUAUCUACAAAGUCCUCUCGAUGGCAAAACCGGCAAACCAAAUAUCGAUUUGAAAUUAACACCUCUAGUACCUUCUGCACCUCCGGUUAAAAAACCAGCACCAAUUGUAUUAACACACCCUCAGGGUUACAGUUUGAAUCGCACACAAAGCACUGGGGGUAUAGCUGCAAAAGUGUCGCUUGAACUUAAAAAGAAAUAUCUUUUAGGUGAAGCCAGUCCUGGUAAUAUUCAGAAAUCUGGCAGCGUGUCCACUCUAGACACGAAAUUUAAAAGUUUUCAUACUAAUAUUUCAGAUUGUCAAAAGUUGCUGAAACCGUCUCCAGAAAUUAGUGCGAGUAUGCAGACGUUCUGCAAAAAAUUAAACGAAUUGAAAUCUCCAGUUUUAUCGCCACAACCGUCUAUCAUAUUCACUAAAGAGGUGGAACAGAAAGAAGAUGAACACGAGGAAAACGGUGUAGACGAAAAGAAUAUACAAAUAGAAACCGCAGUUUUUGAAAACGAAUCAGAAGGCCGCCCAAGGAGUCCCUUACACGAAACAUCUAUAAUUGUCCCUCAAAUAGAUUGGAGUAAACAAAAUGACAGCUUAACUUCGGAUAGCUUAGCUUCUUCGGACAAUGAAAAUGAACAAAAGUCGGAGCGUUUUGAAAAUAUACCAAAAGUACAGAUCCAUGCGACUAACGAUGGCGAGGAAAUCAAAGACGAAUUUGUUCCAGACUCCCUUCUCUGUAUCAAUGAUGAGAUAAAAACUGAUAUCGAGAGUCCGUCCAUUGAGCCCUUAAAGUCUAUUUCCAGCGAGAAGAAAAUUCUUAAUCAACCGAAAGUUUUAACCCAAUUUAGAGACCGUCUUUCCGGAAAUCCAUAACGCUUUGCACAUCAAACAUAAAAUACACAAAGAGAGGGAAAGGGAAGUUCCAGAAACGAUUGUCAUCUCCAGUGGUCUCAGUUCGCCUGAAUCAUUGGCUGAACAACCUACGACAGCAUUGACCGAAACAGAAUUGUCAGAUUGGGCCCGCGACGAGGCGAUGCUGGACGAUUUUGAAGACGGCGAAUUCGAAAUUCAUAUUAAGUAUCCGGACAAUGACAGAAAACCUGCCAAGAUGGCGGAUUUACUAGAAUUCGACGACUCAACUUCUAGCUACAUAGCCAAAUCUAGAAAAGAUAAUGUGAUAACAGAAACUGUAAAUAGUGUUUUAAAUGUUAAUUUAGAUAAUAUAGAGUUUAUGGAUACGGGAACCGAAACUAGCAGUGAUGACGGAGUCAUCAAUAGCCAAGAUGGGUAUAUUUUACUUAAAGAUGAGGACGAUUUUGCAGAGGAUAGCUUAAAUCCAAAUAUUAAUGAUAUUGUGGAGACCACGAAUAUUAACGUAUUGCAAUAUCCUAAGGAGGAAACUGUAAAAAAGGAUUCCCAGUUAAAACAGUCAGAUUUAGAAACGUCGAAGCACGUUCAAGACCACGAAGAAGACGUUAGUACGUUAAUAAUAGAAUCAGGAACAACAACGGAGGAAAAUACAUUAACCGAUUCAACUGUGAAACAUGUUAGUGAUAUUACCGUAGAUAAGACAUUAGUUAAUGAAACAAUUACUGUAGAUAAAAACGAGAACUGUGAUUUGAAAAAUGAUGUAGUAGAGGAAUCAAAACAAAACAAAAUGAUAGAUCUAGAAUUUCAAGAACAUUGUCAAAGAUUACAAAACAAAAUAGAAUUUUCCAAUGUUAAAGACUCUAUAGACAUACGCAAAUCGAGAAAAAAGAGUAAACAAGAUGUCUUGCAGAAACCGGAUCUCAUUACCGAAGAAACUGCAAAUACAGUCACUCCACCUAAAAAUAUUUCCUUAAACCUAACCCCCCACAUUCCCCAUACGCCUGAUAUAUUAUACAACAAAGACGUCAUCAAAAAAGAGAGAGAUAUCAAUCAGAAACUCAUACAGGAAAUGGUUAUGAACAAAAUGAAAGCAGAGAACAAAUCUUUAGAGAAACGCAAACGAAAUAAAGCAGGUAUAUCGCCAAAAUCUCCAUUCGAAUUAACUAAAUCUGCUACAGUAAUAAAUGUUCCGCUUUCUCAUCCAAGCAAUGUUGCUCAAACUACAAAUCAACGGCAUUCCGGUACUUACACCACUCCAGACGUCCUUUUAUCUUCUAAAUGUCCAUUACAAAAUUCAGAAGAUGUAAAUGUUAAGUUUAUACAUUCAGAAACAAACACAACACCUGUUAGAACCACACCGUCGUACUCCAACAAUUACGUUAGUCCAAAUCUGGAUGAUACUCCAAAAGCACCUCCACGGUACCACAGGUCGGCCGAAGAAAUGAACAGGAAACUAGAAAAACUUAAACAAACCGUACGGUUAAGACACAAAGAGAAUGAACAAUUAGUUCAUAUUAAAGAAAAGACUGAUUCUGCUAGUCAAAAAAGAGAACAAACCUUUAGGAGAUGUGUCAGUGGAAAUUACGAGGCUGCAUGUCCUACGUUUAGUAGUUUAGAACAGAGCUCUUUAUCCUCAAGAGCCAAAUCGAUACCCAACUUCUCUCAACAAAUAACAACAACCCAGACGAUCAGUUUGGAUCCGGAGAGAAUAAAGGUGUACAAAUCCGAUCCAAACAUAUUAGAAACGAACGAGGGCAAAAACAAGAAAAAGUGUAAAGACCGAGAACGAAGGAAAAGUAUUACGAAACUUAUUACGGAUUUCUUCACGAAAAAAAGUCCAUCCUCCAGCGGUUCCAAAGGAUUGUUCUCCAAAUUAUCGCCGAAAUCUAAGGAGAUCUCAAAGGCUCAUUUGGCUCGUGAAGCAGCUCAAAGGAAAUGUUUAUCAGAAAGUUUCAUCGACAGAAACGCAUCACCACCACCAGUGCCACCUUUGCCAGUGAAUUAUACAAGAAAGACAGAUGAAAGUUCUGAUGGCGAAGAAAAACAAGGGAAACACGACAGCUCGUGUGACACCAUAGAUCUCACAGGUAUGUCAACUGGAAGCAUGGCUGGACGACGAUCAAGUAAAUCUCGAAGAGUUAGUCGACAAGCUCAGCUCAAAAGACAUCGUAUGGCUCAAGAAUUACAACGAAAGUUAGAAGAGACUGAAGUUAAGAUGAAAGAGCUAGAAGAUAGAGGCGUAUUAGUAGAAAAAUCAUUAAGAGGAGAGGCCAGUUUCGAUCCGUCUAAGGACGAAGCGGAUUUAUUACAAGAAUGGUUUGACUUGAUGAGAGAUCGCACGGAACUGCGGCGAUACGAAAGGGAACUCACUGUGAGGGCACAAGAGCUAGAACUGGAAGAUCGACACGCGAGGCUGCAACAUGAACUUAGAGAAAGAAUAGAAAAUGAUAAGCCAAAAACUAAGGAGGACGUCGAGACCGAAGAAAGUAUCAUUAACGAAAUGAUAGAAAUAGUUGAAAAACGAGAUUCUCUUAUAUCAGAGGUCGAAGAAGACAGAUUAAGGUUCUCUUCAGAUAUUAACCCAUCAGACAUAGUAGAUGCAAAGCAACUUAUUACUACAGCAUGCUUUAUUUUAGUUCUAUCUUAUUUAUUUUGGGUCGUUAUUUUAUUCUCAGUAGACUUUUAGUAUAAGCAAUUUACUUUCUAGUAAGAGAUAUUCAAAUGAAGACAGAGACCUAGAAGAACAGAUGCUUGCUAAGGGAUUAAAACUAACUCCUAUUAAAACGUCGCAGGAGCAUUGAAGAUUUUAAUAAAUAUAAUUUUAUUUGUAACUUUUAACAUUCUAAACUGUUUUAUUUAUUUUUAUAUAUUGUAGGUAAGCAUAAAGUAAAAAAGGGUGAUAUUUUUGUAUGCGUAUAGUGUUUCAUAGAGUGUCUACCAGCAGAAGCGGAAAUGGAAUUUAUAAAUGUUAUUCAUAUUUUUAAUAAGCACGUAACUUUAGUAAGAGAUGACAAAUUUUUUGUACAAGAAUCUGGUGAUAAAUUAAUUUAAUUAUUUUUAUUGAUCCUUGAAGACGUGAAUUCGGCCUAGCGCAAAAUGUUAUUAUGUUCUCGUAUAAUGUAUGUGUAUAAUGUUUUCGUAUUCCUCAAUAAAUUAAUUUAAAUAUAUUACUAAGUCGGUUAGUAUGCAAAAUGGCAAAACAAAAGGAACGAUAUGUAAGUUCACGUGACAUGAAAUUGGUGCCUGCCAUCGGAGCGCUCAUUUUUUGGUAUGGCAUAUGGUAAUCUGUAUAUUUCGUUGGGAGUAAUUAUAAAACAAUAAUUUUGCUAUUUUUGCUUAUAAGAACGUGACCUUGAUUUGCAAUGAUAACUUGACCUAACCUAACCUAACCUAACUUAAACCUAGAACUGUCAUUGUAGAAAAAAAACUGUAGAAGGAUAUAGUUUCUACAACCGAAGAAUCUGAUCGUCAAUGGGCAAUGUAAGAUAUUGAUAAAAUGUCGUUUUUUUAACCGACUUAUGCCAAUGACAUCACAAUUAAAAAAUUCGCCCAUAAAAAUCGCGUUCACUUAAAAAUCCAUACCAAAAGUUGACCACUUUACAUCGCUGAUUUUCAAAUACGUAAUUUUAAGAAUGUGUUCAAACUAUAUAAGAGACAUGCUGACUUUUGUCGCUUUUUUAUUUUACAUAAUUAUAUUCUAAGGUACGGCGUUAUGUUCAAAUAUAUAAACCACUCGUACUGGCCUAAUUCAUAGUCUUCUUCGACAUACCUAAAGAAGAAAAACUGAAUUGUGACGUAAUUGUACAAUCCAUGUUAAAACAUGUAAAAUAUAUAUGUAUUUAAUGCAAUUAUUCUUUCUUUUUGUAUUUAUAUUUAUUGCUCAUGUCGAUAUUAACAUUGUAUAAGAAAUUAGUCAUUAGACACUGAUUUGCUUCUGUCAUUUUAUAUUUAGAAGCAAUUUUUGUGUUUGAAUCAAUUCUACAGGAAAGAAAAUCUGACUUGGUGUUUUUGGUUUGGAAAUCGUUUUAGAUCAAACCCUUUGUACAUUCUUCAGUGCUAGGAAUAUCCUAAUUUUCAUUUCUAUUGCAGGGUGAUAGUGUUUAUACCAAUUUUUUUCUUAAAAACUAUCGGAUUUUCAUGAAUAGGUACUUAUCUGAUUAAUAGAUGUUAGUAAGUUUUCUUUAAUUUUUUCAUGGGAUUUUCUAAUAUGAUUCUGUGUAGUAUGUAUACCUAGAUUUGUUUUCGACCCUUCUUCCUGUUUUACUCUACGUUAUCUUACUGAUAAGUAGAAAGAUUGUCAACUUUUAUAUCUAAAAGGCUUUCUUUCUUUGUCUAAUUCCUCUACCAUAUCUAAAAUGUAGCACACUUACUUUCCGUCCAUCAACUUCAACUAGUAUCGUUAAUCAUCUGAUUCAAACUUGAUUGAUAAUCAAAUGGCUUCCUACAACUAAAUUACUUCGAUAAAAUUCUUAUAUUUUUUAUAAUCUUGAAAUUCAACAAUUUUGAGUAUUUUAUAAAUGUUUCAGCCGACUCGAUGGCCAGAUUGACCAGAACGAGGCAUUUUUCCGAUGUUCAAAACAAUCAAUUUCAAUAAUGUAAAACACGUGCUCAUUUUCUAAGUUUUCAAAAACAACUGUCGAGUUGCAGGUGCACAGGUGAAGCAGGGCGUCCAGUCUUAUAUACAAACGAGUUUUAGCUCAGGUGCGUACUGUUAUAAAUAUUAUAACUUUGUUUAUAUUUCGAAUCUCUUAUUAAAAUGUUGGAACAAUAUUUCUAUGAUACUAGGGAAUGGAUGUUUUGGAAAAUUUAGAAAGUAAAAGUCCCUUUAAUCAGAGAAUAUUUUUAAAUAUAUCUGCAUCUUUGAAUUGGAAUUCGCAAAUGAAUAAGUAAGCCUAUGUGUGAAGUAAACGGUCUUAUGUUUAAAUUAUACUAAUACUUUGAUUCCUACUGGAAGGCAUUAAGACGAUAGAGAACCAGAAAAAAAGGAAUAUGUGUCAUAAGCAGGGUGCUUUAUAAGAUUGAAUUAUGUAGCUUUAAUGGAAGUCAGAACAGAACAUAUAGAAAAGAAAUCAAUAUUCAAGUCUGAAGGCAAUGUUUUUGUUGAGUUUAUUGCAUUAUGGUAUACUUUCCGAUUAGUAGCGAUUCAAAAACACUCAUUAGUUUUCGUCUGGGAGCUAGCUGCUUAAUUUAGAUUAUUCUCGAUGGUUUGCACAAUUUACACCACUCAUAAGAGAGAUUUCGUUUCGUCUAGAGGUCUCGUAUUUUGUACCUUUUUCUGAUAUAUCUCCAGGUGAAAAUUACUAGGUUACAGAUUUUCUUUCCCAUUAUUAUCACAUUUAAAAAGUCAUGUAACAAAUUAAUUUAACAGUAUUAGUACUAUUUUAGUCCUAGAAACAGAGGCAACUGUAAAUUUUUAUAAAAUAAUUGUGAUACAUCAAUUUUUUUCCAAAUUGAAACCAACGAAUCUGUAAGUAAUUGCUACUUAUCUAUAAUUUAUUAACUGUGCGGUAUUCUUCGUGUUUUUGAAGUGAAUUUUAAAACUUAAUCUUCCUGUAUAGCAAUAGGCAAUGGAUUUAUCUUUUUAAAAGGGGUAAAGUUUAUUGAAGUUAAAGAAAACUUAUGUCAAUUUUGAAAAUAUAUACUUUUCUUCACGACCAUAUUCUUGUCUUUUUUGUAAGUAUUGAUUUCGCCACAUGCUAAUUUCUUCUCUUUCUAUAAAAACACUUUUUAUCACUCUAUCUCUCACCUUCUGUAUAACUCACAGCACUACCCAUAUUCACCUUAAAUAUACUACUGCGUUCACUGGACUGCAUACUGCUCACACUGAACACUAAAAGGGUCUGCAAGUGGCUUUGCUUUAAUUUUUUAUUAAGUAUUUCCUACUUCAUUGGAAGACUCACACCGAUACUGAAACAUCACCAUCGUUUCUGAAAACUUAGUCGCUGCAAUUUUGAAGAUAGUGAUAUUGUAACCUCUUACCUCUUUAGUCGAUUUUAAAUAAGUUUCUCUUGGUAUGGAAAUGUAAAGACAUUCAUAAUAAUAUAGAACGCAAAAAAAACCAACUAAUUGUCGAUUACUAUGCGACAAAGCUGAGGUAAACCACGAUCUAAGCCACCAAGAAGUAGGUUUUAUUAUUUGAUUUCCAUUCUUUUGAUCGUUGUUGUGAGUUAAUUGUUGGUUUUGGCUAAAGUAUUGUCUAAAUAUUACCUAUAAAUGUUCUAUCCUUUACACAGUUUCUUAGGCGACAACACUAAUUACAGACAGCAAUGUUUAGUACUAAUAGUAUAAACAAUACGAGAUUCAUCGAUAAACUUCAUCGUCCCAAUCCAUUACUUUUUCUUGCUAAUGCUAAUUUGAUAUGUACUGCUUAACUCAGAUGUCAUCAUCAUCAAUGGUGCUACAGCCCUAUGAAAGAGCCUCGACCUUCCCAAGUCUAUUACGCCAGGCAGUCCUAUCCAUUGCCAGUUUGCUGCGCCUAUCUUUCUACCAUCCUCAUCUACACCAUCCUUCCAUCUGAGUUUUGGCCUACCCCUUUUUCUACUUCCCACGGGUUGUGACAUAAGGAUUCUUCUAGGAGGGUUGUUCUGCUGUGAUCUUGCUAGAUGUCCUGCCCAUCUUAGUCUUCCUAUUCUUAUAAGAGAUACUACGUCUUUCCUACCAAAUAUUUGUUUAUAUCUGUGGUAUACCUCGUAAUUGUAUCUCCUCCUCCAAACACCAUUUUCACAGAUGCCACCAAAUAUGGCCCUCCGAAAGGGGGGUUUGGCGUUGGGUUAACUACCCAACCCUGUAAAAACCCAUAGUUACGAAAUCUAAAGUUAACUCAGAUGUGUUAUAUAUAAAUAUUGUACAUAUUUAAGACAUAACUAUGAAAAAAUAUUGAAAAUUUAUUUACAGUACGAACUGCCUGGCUAUCAACAAAUUAGUAACAUAAAAAUGAAGGUCUAUAAUCAUCUUGAUGUCCUAUAUCGUGACAAUCAGUGAGAAAAAUGGAAAAUAAGAUAAAAAGUGGAAAGAAUGAAAAUUUUAGUGAUUGUUGUAAGAUUCCUCCACAAUAUGUAACAGAAUGUGACCUUGUCUAAAAAAUAAAGGUUUUAAUUUAUUCUACUAUUGGUAGAAAAUUAUGGUAUACUGAAAAUAAUGACCUUUAAUUACUUUUCACUAUCUACUUUGUCACAUCACUAUAGUGCUUUGUACCCUAAAUGAUUUUUUAGUUUUAAAUUUACAGUUGUCUCUGUCGGUUCCUUAAAAUUAUGAACAGCCACUACCUAGGUGUAGGUUUUUAAUUGAGUACUUUAUUAAUACGCAAUUUUUACCAUUGUUAUUGAUUUUUAUGUAAAUUGUAUUUAAGUAAUUAUUUAUGAUGCAAUUAAGGCCAAAUAUAUCGAUAUUGA